GGUGCACUAAGAAAAUCAUGCUCAUGGACUGGAGGCGACCAAACUGCACUGGAUUAAACACGUGUGGAGAGCAAAGUGUGCAAAAGAAAAAAAGGAAGCACAAUCCCUAAGGAGUGGCUCUUGGUGUUGUUGCCAUGGAUCACACAAGCCCAGGCAGCCUCCACAGCUGAGAGACUGUCCUGAAAAUGGAGGUCUUCAACCCUGGCUGCAUCUCCAGUGGCGAAACUGUCUGGGUGGAAUCUAUCAAAUCUUGAGCGCCUGCUCGUAAACAACCAGACACCAUCAAAAUACGAAUGGAGGCUUAAUGAAGGGUGCUCUCUACAAGGCAAACUGGGCACUGACACAAAUGAAGUAUGUAGCAUCAUUCACAGCAUCUAAAACAGAGACUCUGCCAGUAUGGAAGAACAGACUACCACUGUGAUUCAGAUUUACGUAAAUGACACUGAGCAGUUCAAUGCUUCGUAUGACUUCAACCUAACCGAUGUGAAAGAAAGCAUAGACACCUAUGAGUUUUACGUUAUCGGCCUGUUUCUCUCCUGCCUAUACACCAUAUUACUGUUCCCCAUUGGCUUCAUUGGGAACAUCCUAAUUUUGGUGGUCAACCUCAACCACAGGGACAAGAUGACCAUCCCUGAUCUGUACUUCGUCAACCUGGCCGUGGCGGACCUUAUUCUGGUGGCGGACUCUCUCAUUGAGGUCUUCAAUCUCAAUGAGAAAUACUAUGACUACGCCGUCCUCUGUACCUUCAUGUCGCUGUUCCUCCAGGUGAACAUGUACAGCAGCAUCUUCUUCCUGACAUGGAUGAGUUUCGACCGAUACAUUGCUCUUGCUAACUCUUUGUGCAGCAGUCCACUGCGAACCAUGCAGCAUGCUAAACUCAGCUGCAGCCUCAUCUGGAUGGCCUCCAUCCUGGCUACUUUGCUUCCUUUCACCAUUGUGCAGACACAACACACUGGCGAGGUGCACUUCUGCUUCGCUAAUGUCUUUGAGAUCCAGUGGCUCGAGGUGACGAUUGGAUUUCUGGUGCCCUUCUCCAUCAUCGGCCUGUGCUACUCCCUGAUCGUCCGCACCCUCAUGCGGGCCCAGAAGCACAGGGGACUGUGGCCGCGCCGGCAGAAGGCCCUGCGCAUGAUUGUGGUGGUGGUGCUGGUGUUCUUCAUUUGCUGGCUGCCUGAAAAUGUUUUCAUUAGCAUCCAGCUGCUCCAAGGCACAGCAGACCCGUCGAAACGCAGCGACACCACACUGUGGCACGACUACCCAUUGACUGGACAUAUCGUCAACCUGGCCGCAUUCUCCAACAGCUGCCUAAACCCGAUCAUUUACAGCUUCCUCGGGGAGACGUUUAGGGACAAGCUGCGCCUUUUCAUCAAGAGGAAGACCAGCUGGUCUGUGGUUUACCGCUUCUGUAAUCAUACAUUGGAUUUGCACAUCCAUGUCAGGAGCGAGUCUGAAGUGUAGCACAGGUGUGGCGACCUGUAAUUCCUGAAGUUGACAUAUGCCUUGCCUUGCUUUCCAGAACUUGAUCAUGAAUUGACAGAGAGAUCUUUGGGUAAGCUUGACGCCGUGAACACUGCCUAAUUCUUAAAGUCGGCUGAGCAAAACAAGGAUUAUUCACCUGAUCAUGAAGUGGAUUAUAAAACGCAGAUGCAGAGUUUGACUUAUGGCUACCUUGUACAGAAUACGACAACAUGUCACAAUGAAGAUGAUAUUCUCUGAGUCCAUUUUAAGGCAACAAAUAAAUUCAUGGAAGCAU